UCUGAGCUGCUAGUGUUGUUGUCACGCAGCUGGUGUUGGGUCUGAUCCGUAUUGGAGUGACUGCGCGCUGAAUCUGAUGCUGCACAGCUUUCAGAUGAUCCUCUCCUGCUGGAAUCCGACCACAGCAGCACAAAAUGAAUGAUGUCCUGUUUCAAGUAUUCUCUGGCACAUCCUUAGCCAGCAUAAAUGUGCUUCCGUAAUCACACGCAUCAGGACAUUCCACCAAGAGGAAAGUUUAGCUGCUGAAGCAGGUUAAAUAUAAGAAUAUGGCAUCCAGAAGAUGUUCCAGUACUCAGCAAACGUCACCUGGUAACGUCCACAGGAACACAUCUCACAGACAAACACAGAAACGCAGGAAGCAGAGAAAUCAUUACUGCUUGGAGUGUGGGAAGAGUUUUACUCUACGAAGUAAUCUCAAAAUACACCAGCGCAUUCACACAGGAGAGAAGCCGUAUUACUGCUCAGAGUGUGGGAAGAGUUUUAAUCAACAGAGUCAUCUCCAACACCACCAGCUCAUUCACACAGGAGAGAAGCUGUUUCACUGCUCAGAGUGUGGAAAGAGUUUUAAUCGACGAAGUACUCUCCAGCAGCACCAGCGCAUUCACACAGGAGAGAAGCCGUAUCACUGCUCAGAGUGUGGGAAGAGUUUUACCGUACAGAGUCAUCUCCAACAACACCAGCGCAUUCACACAGGAGAGAAGCCGUAUCACUGCUCAGAGUGUGGGAAGAGUUUUACCGUACAGAGUCAUCUCCAACAACACCAGCGCAUUCACACAGGAGAGAAGCCGUACUACUGCCCAGAGUGUGGGAAGAGUUUUUAUCGACAGAGUCAUCUCCAACAGCACCAGCGCAUUCACACAGGAGAGAAGCCGUAUUCUUGUGCGGAGUGUGGGAAGAGUUUUGCUGUACAGAUUUCACUCCAGCAACACCAGCGCAUUCACACAGGAGAGAAGCCGUAUCACUGCUCAGUGUGUGGAAAGAGUUUUACUGUCCAGAGUAAUCUCCACCAACACCAGCGCAUUCACACAGGAGAGAAGCCGUAUUACUGCUCAGAGUGUGGGAUGAAUUUUAGUCAACAGAGUCAUCUCCAACAACACCAGCGCAUUCACAGUGGAGAGAAGCCGUAUCACUGCUCAGAGUGUGGAAAGAGUUUUACUGUACAGAGUAAUCUCCAACAACACCAGCGCAUUCAUACAAGAGAGAAAUCAUAUGACUGUUCCGAGUGUGGGAAGAGUUUUAGUCUACAAAAUACUUUCCGAAAACACCAGCGCAUUCACACAGGCGAGAAGCAGUAUAACUGCUCAGAAUGUGGAAAGAGUUUCAGGUAUUCAAGGACUUUGACAACACACAAGUGCUCUAAGCGUAGUGGUUGAAAUGGGCACUGUAUCAAAGGGAAGGGUCCAUUUCAUGGAAAAGCCCAUUUUCCCUACCCAGUUCAUAUAUGGAAACUAAGCUGCAAAAACUGCCUGUUUUGACUUCCUUUUUUUCUGUCAUGUCACAGGAACCAACACAUCUACAUACAUCCACCUAUUCAGCUUACUCCAGUUUAGCAACACCUGUUCAUAUUGAAGUUCUAAGGAAUGUUUCAGCUCUAAAUGCUUUUAUGAAUGAGGCUAAAUACAGGACAGCCACUCAGAACAGAGCUCAUUUAACUACGAUCAGUCUUAUAGACACUGUAGCAAAAGCAGCCUGUUUCAUUCUAAGAGAUAAAGAAAAGUUGGAAAAUGUUCAUGUAAAAUGAAUUGUGGCCAUAUUUGUUAUAUAAAACCAUGCAAUCUUACAAGUAGAUAUCAAAAAAUGUAUACAAGAAAGAUAUAUAUACCUCUGCAUAUUCUUUUCAAAAUGAUUUUUGUUUGUAAUGUAUGUUAGAGACAAUCAAGAAACUCUGGUUAAUGCUUGUGGCAAUUAAAUUACCACAUUAUCCUACCUUUUUAAUAUUCAGAUGUUUUCUGUAUGCUUUUUAUUUGGAGUGUUCUUGUUGAGGAUUGUAACAAAGGAGAUGUGACCCUGAAAACUGAAACAUUUAAGUUUUUGCAGUGGUGGGCAGAACUAAACAGUGUUGUAAAGGAGUCACAGGAGUAUGAAGGACUGCAAGACAUCAUGAUAUCUGAGUGACAUACUGGUGACUUCUGCUCAGUAUGGUCUGUGCAUGCCUGUUUCAUGUGGCCUAAAGUUGCAUACAGGCCAGACUACAGCUCAUGAACUUUCCAUGAAACUUUUUUUGUACUCAUCUUGAUGUUCUUUGUGGCACUUGUUUUUUGAGAAGGCGUUGUGAUGAGUUAAGGCCUUGGGCCUAACUUGGAGCAGGAUGUCAUUAGGAUGUCAAUGAGGGACACUAUCUUUGUUGACUGAAUUGCACCAAUGACACUGGUUCAGGAACAUAAGUGUGCACAAUCUAGGUCUGCAUUACUAGUUUUUAUAUUGAUUUACAAUUACAUGUUUUGUAUGUAAAUUGUCUAAUUUACAAAAAAAUGUGCUUAAAAAUAUAACCAAUGUGCAAAAUAACACCUGACAUGUAGGCUCACCAUUCUAACUCACUCACCAUUCAAAGGCAACAAAAUGUUAGGUUUACAUUUCUAGUUCCACACAUUAUUUGAGAUCUUACACAUUUCAUCUUGUAUUGGGUUUGAGAAAUGGGUAACAAUUUACACUUUCCACCAAACUUUGGCAAGUUUUUAGGUUUAGAAAUAUGCUAUGGCAUAUUGUAAGGUUUUUUUGAGGAAAGGCUAUUGUGGAAAAACUGGAUGAACCAAUUUUCUGCAGACCAUUGCUGCACCUCUAGUUAGAUAACAAUGCAAAUUUGCAUCUAAGUGUCUACUUUACCCAAUCUAUUCCUCCCUCCCUAUCAGCUCAGGCCCUAAAGAAGGCAGCCACUUUUUUUUGGGUAGGGUUUUAACUUAAUUUGUGGAUGCAGCAACAAACUGUGUUCAAAGACAGUGUUUUUUGGAAAUGUUCCUGAGCCCAUGCAGUGGCUUUCACUAAAGAAACAUGUCUGUUUGUGAUGCAGUGAGUGCUCGAAGGUCAGACCAACAUUGGUUUUCGGUCUCUUGCUUAGAGAUUUCUCCAGAUUCUCUGAAUCUUAGAACCAUUUUAUUUACCAAAGAUGAUAAUCCCCAAGUUCUUUGGUACUUUAUGCUAAGAAAAGUUCUAUUUGAGUUGCACAAAAAUGGUCAACCCCUCCCCAGACUCAGUCUGUCCGGGAUAUUCUUUUUAUUCCCGUGCAUGUUACCGACCUGUUGCUAAUUAACCUAAUUAGUUGUGAGAUGUGAGAUCCAGCAAGAUCAGGACAUCUCAGUUCUUUCUGACAAAACUGGCUGGCGAUACAGCCGUUCCAUCACUCUAUAUAAACUAAUAAAUGGAUACACGUUUUUAUUUUUUCAUAAGGUAAUCUAAUUCACAAUCAGAAUCAUUUUAUUUCACUAAGCUUGUUACACAUAAAAGCAAUCUCUCAUAGUGAGUGCACACAUGUAACAUUAAACAGAUUAGAUUAGACAUUAAACAGACUAGAUUAGAUUAGACACAUGCACAGAAUACAAAAGAUUACAAAAUAAAUGUUUUCUAUUGAAUAAUAAAUAAAAAUACAGUUCAUAGAACAAAUAUUAAAAGAUUAGAUAUAAAAGUGCGAAUGCGAUUGGAGCUAAAGAGAUGAAUAUGUAAUAUGUCAAUAUGUGAGUCUGAGAAAGAAAACUUAUUUGCAGUAUAUAACAAGAUGAUCUGAACAUUGUACAGUUGUAUAAAUAAGUAUUGUGGUUCAGAGGAGCUAUACAGUUAUACAGAAAGGGAGGUUGGUUGUACAUAGUGAAUUAUGCUGGAAAUCUUUAGCAUUUCAGCAUACUAUGUUUAUAAUAUAUUUUAAAACAAAAUUUAUAUGUUUGUAUUUAUUUUAUAUAAAGGUAAGAAGUGCUAUUUCAUAUUUGUAUUAAAGGAAAGAGACU